AUGAGUUCAGAAGCAGACGAUUGUGAAUAUGAAAAUAACGAUGAUGAAGACAACGAUAAUAAUAUUAGUACCGAUGAAGACGAGGAUGCUGCAUCUGAUAAUGAUGAAAAUGUUGAACGUGUUCAAUCUAUAAAAACAAUUUUUUCUGUAACGCGCAUCAAAGAUAAAAUUAAUCCUGAUUUAGCAAACUCAUAUUUCAAAGUGAAAAUUAAUGAUACGAUGAAAUUCUUACAUAAACAGUCAGCAGUAUGGCUGUUGACCGACAAAAAUGAUCGUCUGCCAACCGAUAGGUUAUCACUAGUUAUGGAAAACAGCAAAAUGGGUGAAAAUAGUAGAGCAGAGCAAUAUUUCCAUAUGUUGCACGAUGACACCUCGCUAGAUCAAAGUGAUCAUGCAUUAGCACAUAAUAACCUCGGAACAGUCUAUGACAAUCAAGGUGAUUAUGAGAAAGCAUUGAAAUCUUAUGAAAAAUCUCUUAAAAUUCGAUUGAUUUCACUUCCACCAAAUCACCCUGAUAUUGCAACAACAUAUAAUAACAUCGGACUGGUUUAUAUGCAUCAAGGUGAUUAUGAGAAAGCAUUGAAAUCUUAUGAAAAAUCUCUUGAAAUCUAUUUGAUUUCACUUCCACCAAAUCACCCUGAUAUUGCAACAACAUAUAAUAACAUCGGAUCAGUUUAUGAUAAUCAAGGUGAUUAUGAGAAAGCAUUGAAAUCUUACGUUUAA